AUGUAUAAAAUGGAGUAUUCUUACCUCAACUCCUCCGCCUACGAGUCGUGUAUGGCCGGGAUGGACACGUCGAGUCUCGCCUCGGCCUACGCGGACUUCAGCUCGUGCAGCCAGGCCAGCGGCUUCCAGUACAACCCCAUCCGGACCACGUUCGGAGCCACCUCCGGCUGCCCGUCGCUCACCCCGGGAUCCUGCAGUCUGGGCACCCUGCGGGACCACCAAAGCAGCCCGUACGCCGCAGUGCCGUACAAGCUCUUCACGGACCACGGAGGGCUGAACGAGAAGCGGAAGCAGCGCCGGAUCAGAACCACCUUCACCAGCGCGCAGCUGAAGGAGCUGGAGCGGGUGUUCGCGGAGACCCACUACCCGGACAUUUACACCCGGGAGGAGCUGGCGCUCAAGAUCGACUUGACGGAAGCCAGAGUCCAGGUUUGGUUCCAGAACCGCCGCGCCAAGUUCCGCAAGCAGGAGCGGGCAGCAGCCGCCGCAGCCGCCGCCGCCAAGUCCAGCUCCGGGAAGAAAGCGGACUCCAGAGACGAGGACAGCAAAGACGCCAAGACCGCCGACCCAGACAGCACAGGAGGCCCGGGACCGAACCCGGUGCCCACCUCCAACUGCGGAGGCCCGAGUCCCACCGGGGUGCAGGUCAACACCUCGGUGUCCGGCCAGCAGGUGGACCAGGUGAAGACCGCGGUGACCUCCGGCAUGGGCGUGUCCGCGCCGAGCCAAGGCUGGGCCGCCGCCCCCGGUACCAUCACCUCCAUCCCGGACUCUUUGGGCGGACCGUUCGCCAGCGUACUGUCGUCUUUGCAGAGACAAAACGGAGCUAAAGCCACAUUAGUAAAGACCACCAUGUUCUAGUGGGCCGGACUGAAGGACUACAACACUCCCGCGUUAUUUUGGCGCCAUUUGUUUGUGACCCUUUCGUGGCAGAACUGACUUUUGGACAAGUCAUGUGACCGCAGAACCAACCUCUCAAUCCGUGAUCUAAAAGCUCCGUCUUGGGAAAACGGUGACAUUUUUUUCCUCAUUUAAACACGAAACAUCCGGGAGCACGUGAACGUAGCGCGCGAGAGAAAAUGAAACUUGAGCUUUGAUUCACCACAUUCGCUUUUUGGUUUAUCAUUCACUUCAUUCCGCGCGUUUAUCCCCAUCUCGCGGUCACUCGCGUCCUCAUGGUAGCACUUGUUCCUUAGUUCCUGUCCAGUUCUUACUUGGCAACUUAGCACUCUUACUUUAUCUUAGCAACCUUCAUCAGAGCUGCCGGCAGGUGGCGCUAACCUUCACUGACUCACACGGCGGUGACAGCUGUGUUCGCAUGUACUUUCCAGGACCUUGAGGGACAGUCCACAGUUCCAACUCCUAGUUCUGAAUAAAGACCCACGAAUGUUUGACGCCGACGUGCGUUGCAGUACACUUUGGGCUCGGGAACGGAUCAUCUUGUCGGGUCAGAACUGGAGUCAGAACACAGUCAGCUGUGACGGCCUUCAAUCGGUCACCUCAGAGACACUGGUUCGACAGACUUGGUCACAUGACUUGUGCAAAAGUGCACUUGUGAGUUUCCUCGCGUGCAAACAGAGCCACUUCUGUCCGUGUUCCAUGUCAGGGUGCAGCUUUGCGCUCGGCCUCCAGGGCUGCUCCCCGUUCUCUCACCUCCUGGAGUUAAAAAAGGCACAAUACUGGAACGCUCCGGACUCUGUGUGUGUUCGUGUGUUUCUGUGGCUCAGACUGUAAAGUGUUACUGUCGUCUAGUUGUAGCUCCAUCUCCGUUUGAUUGAUGUUUGGUACGAGGACGUCCGGCACCGACCCGGAGCGACACUGUAUUUAUAAUUUGCAUGUUGUCCCUCAUUUCUGUUUGUUUUCUGUCGACGACCCGAGAGUUAUUUAUAUGUCGCUGACGAAUGCUGAUAUUUAAGGAGGAAAUAUUUCUACA